AUGCAGGAGCUGGUGGCUGGCGUGGAGAAGAUCAGGUUUGACUCAGAGGCUGAUGUGGAGGAGCUCGGAGCUCGGCCCCUGCCCUUCCCGGGGGUGGACGGUAAGUUGGGGACAGGGCUGUGGGAGUUUUGGGGGGCUGUCCCAGGUGUGCAGGGCCACCCCCGGCACGGUGGAGCCAAGCCCGCGGUGUGCAAGCAUUGGCUGCGAGGGCUCUGCAAGAGAGGCGACGGCUGCGACUUCCUGCACGACUACGAUGCCACCAGGAUGCCCGAGUGCUACUUCUACUCCAAGUUCGGUGAGUGCAGCAACAAGGACUGUCCCUUCCUGCACGUCGAUGCCACCACUGCCAGCACCGUGGGCUGUCCCUGGUACGACCGUGGCUUCUGCAGGCACGGUCCCCUGUGCAAGUACAAGCACACGAGGAGGGUGAUGUGUGCCAACUACCUGGUGGGAUUCUGCCCCGAGGGACCCAAGUGCAAAUUCGUGCACCUCAAGGCCGGGCUCAUGACCAGCAGCACAGACCCAUCCAAGGUGAAGCUGCUUUCCCUGUGCCCACGGGGGUGA